GUUGCAAGAAGUUGUCCACCUAUGUCCUUCGUCUUACAUUUUCUCUCUCUCUCUCUUUCUACAGGCUGGGUGCAGUCAUAGUCGAUUUCCAACUCCGUUGCAGGCUGAAAACACUGUAACUACUAACUCAGGUGGUAAACAAAGCGGUGUAAUUUCCGUGAAAUAUGUAAAUUAAAGAGCCGUGCAGUUAUGUAAAAGGAGUUGUGCGCGAAGUGAGAAGAGGCGAAAAACGAGGUUCGGUGAAACUGCAAUUACGAGAACUGAGAAAUGGACGUGAUAGUGAAGCUGAACAAUCAAACUGCCGGAAGAGACAAGAUUAUAAGAUUACUGCAGUACGGCAGCAGGGCGAGUUGGUAUUUCGUUCAAAACGGAGAACGGACCAGGCAGAGAAUUGACAUUCUCAAAAGCCUCGAAUACACCUUCAGCUCCUUCCGAAAACUUUUGCGGCUCGGAAGAUGUUUGGAUUUGUUAUACUCGGCAUUGUCGUCAAUGAGGUACCCAGAUUUGGUUGUGAGAAUAACGAUGACGUUGUCCAAGAUAUCGAACGCAUUGUUCCUGCUUGCAGACCACAUAAUCUGGGUUGGCAGAGCAGGGAUUUGCCAGGUGAACGUUGAGAAGUGGAAUCAAGUAUCAAACAAGUACUGGCUGAUGGCAAUAGUGAUGAACCUUGUACGAGACGUCUAUGAGAUAUCGAAAAUAAUGGAGCAGGAAACGGCUGGAUUGAAAUUGCGGGCUGUUAGAACGUGUAAAUUUGAUCUGCCGGUGCAGUUUCGAGCUUUGUGCUGCGUCAAGAAUCACACGGAUGUUUUCGUGGACACGAUAAAAAAUAGCUGCGACCUUUUCAUACCUCUAACUUCUCUCGGUUAUACCAGAUUCAAUCCUGGAGUCGUCGGACUGCUCGGCCUCAUUUCUUCCGCUGCUGGUAUCUACAGCCUUGUUUAUCCAUUGGCCAAAUUGACCCCUGCUUAAAAAGUAGGAAAUCUCUUUCGGAGAGAAUCGUGCUCUCUCGCUCUCCUUCUUUCCCUGUUUGUAAAAACCCCUCUCAGAACACAUUCCGAAGACACAUUUAUAUUAUUUGGUCUUUGUUGUCGUCUCAUCUAUGUAUCUAUUCUACGAUUUGGUGGUACUUUACUCGUAAUAUACAUGUAGGGUGAAUUAAAGAAUAUUAUGUGUUAAUUGGGACGCUAAGGAACGAUUGUGAAAACAUAACAUGUCUAAAAACAAAUUGACUGUAUUAUACGUAAUAUUUUUCAUUCAACAUUGAUCGGCGGAUAAUUUAUUGACUCGAAUAAACAUUUAAUUUUUUUGUUGUUUUUUUUCCAUUGCCUGUACAUGUUUGUUAAAAUAGAAAUAAUUUUAUUUCUAAUACGAUUAUGUUCUUAUCGGCGAAUUGAUAUCGAUUAAGAUAGAUUUAGAAAUAUUUUUUCGGUAUAUAAAUUGACCUAACACUUACUACCUGUAGUUUGGGUAUAGUAUUUGAUAAAUUUUGUACACUUUUCCUUUCUUUAUACUUAAAUAUACGUAAAAAAUUCUAA